AUGGCUGCCCUCACUAAGUAUUUACAAAGUCACAGUAUCUGGGGAGGUCGCCCACAGGCCGCCGGCCCUUGGCACACAGCGCCGCGAGCUUCCUGGAGCGGAUCCCCCGCGGCGGCCCGAGGCAGCCGCGUCCUUCAGCGCCGACGCGCCCCUCGGGGUCUCAGUCCCGGGCGCGCGCCCAGAGGCCCCUCCGGGCUUCCGUCCGCCCGGCCAGCGCCCGCCGAGCCCGGCGUCCUCUACCGCAGGCGGGCGAGGGACGUCGCCGAGGAAAGCGGCACCCUGCGAGCUCGCCUCGAUGCCGGUCGCUCUUGCGACCCGCUGCCCGCCACCCCAAGCCAGUCCCCGCCGACCCGCGCUCACCGGCGCCCGUACCUCACCUGCGACGCGCCCCGGCUCCCGGCGCACCGCCCGGACCGGCUGUGUACACCGGAAGUGACGUCUGCGGGCGGCCCCGCCCCCGCCCCAGGCGGCCGCUGCGGUUUCCCCGGCCGGAGCCCACCCUCCCCUCGUGCUGGCUGGGCGGCGGCGGCGAAGCUCGGCGUUUCCUCCAUGCUUCAAAACCCAGCCGGCACCCUGUUGGAGGGCUCGGUUGCGUCCUCGUGGAUUUAUCAUUGAAAUUAACGACUGAAACAUUGAUCGCUAGACAGCAUACCUGACAGACGAUGUAGGAGCCGGAUCGUACUAGCACCCUCGGGGACUGCUACGCGAGAGGUGCCAACAGAAUACUGUCACAAAUCACUGUAAUGAUGUGGUGCCAUUUGUGGCAGAUGGUAGGAGGGGAAAGUAGAAGAGAGGAGCUAGUACCCUGACCCAGUGGAAGUGAGUGUGCAGGCAGACAUCAUGGACUUGGUGACCCACCUCAACUCAGCUGAUGAAGAGUCCAGUUUCCAGGUUGAAAGCAGGUCCUAGCUGGAAGAGGAAAUAAACUGGUCUAGACACCAA